AUGCCGUGGUAGGGUCGCUGUUGGGAGACCCUGGAGGUGCUGCGCAGUUCAGACAAAGGUCGCCUCUGCUACGACUGUGACUUGCUGCUGUGGAGCGACGAUAUUUUAGAAGAAAGUAUGCCUCCUCCCAAACUAUCUUCUUACUGUGGAUGGGUGAUAGAUCAUGUCUUAGCCCAUCAGCAAGAGAGCCCACUUCCCUGGAAAACUUCAACAUACUCUAGAUCUACUUCAGACCUAGACCAGACUUCAUUUGUUCCCACAUCUCUUGUCACAAGCUCUGCCUUCCCACUGGCCUCCUCAGCACCAAAAGGAACCAAGGGAAGGAGCAAACGUGAGUCCCAGCAUGCAGGAUAUAUGGCAUGUCCAUCCCCCCGGGUGGUCACAGUGGAAGGCUGCCUCCGGCUGUAUGAGGUAGUGUGCAGACAGGAAGCAUGGGAGAGACUGAGGCGCGGGCAGGAGUUGAUAGAGAAGAUGAUGCAAGCCUUUGCUGACAUGGCCUCUGAACAACUGAAGCCGUAUGAUGAGCGGAAGGAGCUGGAGCGCCGUAAAGAACUGCAGGGCCUACGGGAAAUGAUGGAGAAGAGCUCUUCUUCCUUCCAUUUUCCCCUCACCUCUAGAGAAGCCCUGGCCCGGCACGAGAAGCUCAAAGCCGAGCAUCGUCGCAGAGCAGAGAUUCAAAAUAAGAAGCUGCGGGAGGCAGAGCAACAGCACCUGCAGCGAGUGGAACAGGAGCGGCUGCGGAAGGAAGAAGGCCGGAUCCGCCUGCGGAGACUCUACGCCCUGCAGGAGGAGAUGCUGCACCUCAUCCAGCAGCUGGACGCCUCGGAGCAGCAGCACAGGGGCCUGAAGGCUGACCUUUCUGCCUUCCACACCCGAGGCAACCGGCUGUGUGGCGUCAUCUCGGGCAUCAUCUGGGCCAAUUGUGAGGUGAGGGGGCUUCAGAGGGACUCUGUAUGAUUCCAUUCNAGGGCUCUGCAGGAAAUGCGGGACCUCCUUAGGAACAUGGAGCAGGAGAUCACCACGGCCUGUGAGGACAAGAGGAGGCAGGAGGCGGAGGAAGCCCGGGUAAAGCAGCAGGAGUCCCAGGGGAAGCGGGGGCCUGAGGUCCACACAGAGUCCCUGGCUCCCAGCCAAGGCCUAGGAAGGAAACAGAAUGAAGAACUCCAGUUCAAGGCACAAGACAGCACAAUGCAGUGGUACCAGCAGCUACAGGACGUUACCAGUCAGUGUGUGUUGGCCUUUGAGGGACUGACCAGCAGCAAAGACAGUCAGGUCAGAAAGAUGAAGAUGGACCUCCAGAAGGCUGCCACCAUCCCAGUGAGCCAAAUCUCCACCUUAUCAGGCUCAAAGCCGAAGGAGGUCUUUGACAAGAUCCACGACCUGCUCUCUGGAAAAUCUGUACAGUCUGGUGGGUGCACCAUGUCUGUCGCACUUCACCCACAGGGCCUGAACUUUGUCCAGUACAAACUGGCAGAGAAAUUUGUGAAACAAGGAGCUGAGGAAGUGGCCUCGCACCACGAGGCAGCAUUUCCCACCGCAGUGGUGGUGUCCAGGAUCUAGGGACUCUUCCCCAGAGUGAGGGCCCUCAUUCUGGCUCAUCUGCACAAGAAUUGCCCUUACUCGGUUCCUUUAUACCCAGCCUUCAAGGAGGGCAUGGCUUUGGAAGACUAUCAGAGGAUGCUUGGCUACGUAGUGGAGAAUUCCAAGGUGGAACCCAGCAGAUUUCUGAAAUGCAUGUCCGGGAUGAUCCGUCUGUAUGCUGCCAUCAUCCAGCUCCGGGGGCCAUAUGGGAGCGAACAGAAGGCUUAUCCUCAUAUCUUAAAUCAUGGCUGGCAUUGGUUGGCACAGAUCUUAAACAUGGAGCCACUGUUGGACGUGACAGCCACCCUCCUCUUUGACUUUCUGGAGGUAUGUGGGAAUGCCCUCGUGAAGCAAAACCAGGUCCAGUUCUGGGAAAUGAUGCUUUUCAUCAAGGAAGACUACUUACCCCGGAUCGAAGCCAUCACAAGCUCAGAGCAGAUGGGUUCCUUCACAUGCCUCAAACGGUUUGUGGAGGAAUGUUGGUAGCGCCAGGAGAUUCCUGUGCCCAAGGGCUUUCUGCCCCCCUCCUUCUGGCAUUCCUGA